GAAAUUUUUCAUUUUAAAUAAAUACAGCACAUAAAUUGAUAAAUUACUUAGACAAUUAUUUACUAAUCAACAAAAUGAAAUUGCUGAAUAUUUUUACUUUAUUGUUAGCGGCUUUAGUAUCCUAUUCCUCGGCACAAAGAUGUAUCGCCACUCUACGGCCUCCUUCCUGCAUUGGUCCUCGUAAUGUGGGUCGCGGUGGUCGUGGUUGUAACCCUCGUCUCAUGUGGUAUUACGAUGGACGUGCCAGACAAUGUCGACAAAUGCGUUACUUGGGUUGCGGUGGAAAUACCAAUCUAUGGUGCCAGCGAGCAACCUGUGAACGUAGAUGCCGUCGUCGUUAAUUUUUAGAUUUAUUAAAUAAAUUGUUUGUUUGAAAAUGCA